AUGGUGUCUGGGGUCUCUGGAGUCAUUGCUGCUGUAGUCCAGAGGCUCAGCUCCUACAGGCCCAGUUCAGUGUUCCAGGAGAUAGCAAACUCCAAAGGGGGCAACAUAGUGUGUUGCCCUUAUACAGUCCCAGUGAGCACAAAAAACAUUUCCGCUCUUUGGGGAAGCCCCCAAAGCAGCCGCCUGGAGCUCUACGCCUCCUACGUGUACCUCAGCAUGUCUUUCUAUUUUGACCGGGAUGAUGUGGCUCUAAAGAACUUUGCCAAGUAUUUCCUGCACCAGUCCCACGAGGAGCGUGAGCAUGCUGAAAAACUCAUGAAGCUGCAGAACCAGAGGGGCGGUUGCAUCUUUUUGCAGGACAUCAAGAAACCAGAUCGUGAUGAUUGGGAGAAUGGGCUGACAGCAAUGGAGUGUGCCUUGCACCUGGAAAAGAAUGUGAACCAGUCACUCCUUGAUCUGCACAAGCUGGCCCUCUUGAACCAUGCCUGCUGUUGA